AACCGAAGCAACAGUCCGAGCCGCUUUCAGAAUGAGGUCUGCAGGAGUGAGCUGAGCGUGUUCGCGGUACCGGGCUCUCCUGCCUCUGGGCUCCAACGCAGCUCGGUGGCUGAACUGGGCGCUCACCACCACGCCGGGCUAUGGAAUACAGAUGUGGCAGGACAGGUAGACCCACGUUGGGAGGAGGAAUACAUUAUGAUUUUUGAGAAGAAGAAAUUAUAGAAGCCAGUUUUUUUCUUAACACCCUUUUACACACACACACACGCACACACACACCACACAAACUGUAAAGAUGCAAAAACGUAAUAUCCAUGAAGACCCUAUUACCUAGGAAGAUUCUGAUGUUUUGCUGUGAAUGCGGUGUUGGGAUUUAUUUGUUCUUGGAGUGUUCUGCAUGGCUGGCAAAGAAUAAUGUUCCAAAAUCGGUCCAUCUCCCAAGGGGUCCAAUUUUUCUUCCUGGGUGUCAGCGAGCCCUGACUCACUACACUGCAGCUGACAGGGGCUGUCAUGCAAGUGGCCCCUAAGCCAAAGCAAAAGACCUGAGGAGAACCUUUGAACAAAACAAAGGAUGGGUUUCAAUGUAAUUAGGCUACUGAGCCGAUCAGCUGUAGCACUGGUUAUAGCCCCCACUGUCUUACUGACAAUGCUUUCUUCUGCUGAACGAGGAUGCCCCAAGGGCUGUAGGUGUGAAGGCAAAAUGGUAUAUUGUGAAUCCCAGAAAUUGCAGGAGAUACCCUCAAGUAUAUCUGCUGGUUGCUUAGGUUUGUCCCUUCGAUAUAACAGCCUUCAGAAACUUAAGUAUAAUCAAUUUAAAGGGCUCAACCAGCUCACCUGGCUCUACCUUGACCACAACCAUAUCAGCAAUAUCGAUGAGAAUGCUUUUAAUGGAAUACGCAGACUCAAAGAGUUGAUUCUGAGUUCCAACAGAAUCUCCUAUUUUCUUAACAAUACCUUCAGACCUGUGACCAAUUUACGGAACUUGGAUCUGUCCUAUAAUCAGCUCCAUUCCCUGGGAUCUGAACAGUUUCGGGGCUUGAGGAAGCUGCUCAGUUUACAUUUACGCUCUAACUCCUUGAGAACCAUCCCUGUGCGAAUAUUUCAAGACUGUCGCAACCUGGAACUUUUGGAUCUGGGAUAUAACAGGAUCCGAAGUUUAGCCAGGAAUGUAUUUGCUGGUAUGAUCAGACUGAAAGAACUUCACCUGGAGCACAAUCAAUUUUCCAAGCUCAACCUGGCCCUUUUUCCAAGGCUGGUGAGCCUUCAGAAUCUGUACUUGCAGUGGAAUAAAAUCAGUGUCAUAGGGCAGACCAUGUCCUGGACCUGGAGCUCACUGCAAAGGCUUGAUCUAUCCGGGAAUGAGAUCGAAGCUUUCAGUGGACCUAGUGUUUUCCAGUGUGUCCCCAAUCUGCAGCGCCUCAACCUGGAUUCCAACAAGCUCACAUUUAUUGGUCAAGAGAUUUUGGAUUCUUGGAUAUCCCUCAAUGACAUCAGCCUCGCAGGGAAUAUAUGGGAAUGCAGCAGAAAUAUCUGUUCCCUGGUAAACUGGCUGAAAAGUUUUAAAGGUCUGAGAGAGAAUACCAUUAUCUGUGCCAGUCCCAAAGAGCUCCAGGGCGUAAAUGUGAUCGAUGCGGUGAAGAACUACAGCAUCUGUGGUAAAAGUACCACGGAGAGGUUUGAUCUGGCCAGGGCUCUCCCAAAGCCGACGUUUAAGCCCAAGCUCCCCAGGCCCAAACACGAGAGCAAGCCUCCGGUGCCCCCCACGGUGGGAGCUACCGAGCCCAGCCCAGAGACCGAUGCGGACACCGAGCACAUCUCCUUCCAUAAGAUCAUCGCCGGCAGCGUGGCCCUUUUCCUGUCGGUACUGGUCAUCCUGCUGGUUAUCUACGUGUCCUGGAAGCGGUACCCAGCCAGCAUGAAACAGCUGCAGCAGCGCUCCCUCAUGCGAAGGCACAGGAAGAAGAAAAGACAGUCGCUCAAGCAAAUGACUCCCAGCACCCAGGAAUUCUAUGUAGACUAUAAACCCACCAACACCGAGACCAGCGAGAUGCUGCUGAACGGGACGGGACCCUGCACCUAUAACAAAUCAGGCUCCAGGGAAUGCGAGAUACCUUUAUCAAUGAAUGUGUCAAGCUUUCUGGCAUACGACCAGCCCACAAUAAGUUACUGUGGGGUCCAUCAUGAACUUCUCUCCCAUAAGUCCUUUGAAACGAAUGCACAGGAAGAUACGAUGGAAAGCCACCUAGAGACUGAGCUGGACCUGAGCACAAUCACAACAGCUGGCCGCAUUAGUGAUCAUAAACCGCAGCUGGCUUGACCGAGUUGAGCGGUAGCCCAGGGUUGCUACCGAACUGUACCCUCAAGGACAAAAUGAGGAAGAUUUGUUCAUUGUGACUUUCACAAACAAAAAUGCCCUGUUUAAAAUAAACAAAAUUCCAAGAUUGAUUCGUGAAAUAUGAAAUAAAGAAGACAUGAAUUGUUUCAAGUCUAUACUUUGUAAUUAGCUAAGUUGUGCAGUAUUUUUUGACUUCGACAGAGUAUGACCCUGAGGGGGAAAAAAAGAGAAAAUGAAUCAUUUUUCCCCAAACUCAUCCUACCUAUGUGUAAAAAUUGUACAGCGCUAAUGUAUUUUUCAUAUUACAAAGUUUCGAUUCUAGAAACUGGUAUGUACAGUACCAUAAUUUAAUUACGUUUUACUUUACACCUUUCAGUUUCUAAAAUUUUAAAUUAACAAAAAUGACUUCUGUGUUACUGAGAGUUACUUGGUUUUGUAGGGACUGUUUUGUUACUGCUUUCGUGCCCAGAAACCUUGACUCUAAAAUUCUGUGCUGUGCGAACGAUGCACGAUUUUUAUCGUUAUCAGGCUUUACUGCGUAGAAUUUUAUCUACUUGUUCCAGAAAUAAUACAUUAACCAAAAGACGAUUUAAUUGUUCAGACUUGUAAGGAGAUUCUUCAAUUACAUAGACAGGUUUUUCUUAUAAAUGAAAAAAAACUCAGAUUUUUUUUUUAAUCAGUUCUUCUCAGACUUAACUGUUGCCUUGAAUUACAGCCUAGUUUCUAAGCAGUGAAAUGUAAAGAUAAAGAGGGAUAUUUUAAUAGCAUAUUUCCAAAUGAAUGACUCAUUAUUUCAUUCCUUUGAGUAACCAUUGUUAAGGGUAGAGGAGAGCAUGGACCAAACAUCCCUCGAAACAAAGGCUGUAACCACAGCAACAGACUUUGAUGUACUUACAAGGUGCAUCAACUGGUGACAAGGAAAAACUUUUGUUACAUCUCAUUAUUGUCAAGACAAGGUAGGAGGAUGCAGCAUAAUAAUUGUACAGUAGCAAUUUUUCUGUUAAUUAACCCAAAGUGGUUUACCUAAAAAUAACCACCAGUCAGUGCAAAAUGUGCCUGGUUCUUAAGACAACUUUUCAUUUAGAACUGUGAAACUAUAUUUUGGGAACAUUUCAAAGGAAAAAUGUGGAAUUUUUUAUAUUGUGUGCUACCUUGAUUCUCUCCUGAGAAAGAACUUUAAAUAUCUACAUUGCUUUCAGGAUAGACUUCUGAGCCAUAGUGGGGAAAGCUUCAACACAGAACUAGACUGUAAUGAUGUUUCAUUGUUUAUAUUGCUAUUCGUUUGGGGAUUUAUCUACAAAUUAUCUGAAAUAUUAACUAAGAGUAAUUGGACACCAACCCAAAUCACAUGUUGGUUGUAUGAUUGUGUUUUAAACAUAAUUCAAAUCAACAUAAGGAAACCUGACUUCCCAGCAACUGAAAUGAUCAAUUUGUUGUUAUUUACCUGACAGGUUAUUAUUUGAAAAUAUGCAUGGUUAUCACGCAUUCCUUUUUGUUUUAGAGGGCUUCAAAUUCAAAAUUGCAAGUAUCAAUUACUAUUACAUGAGAAAAAGCAUUUCUUUAUGGUCUCAUUUUAUAUUCGUGACAGCGAAAAUAGAGAAAGAAUAUGACAAUCUGAUAGGAUUCAACAGGGGUCCAAAAAAAUUAAAAAGCAUUAAAGAAAAGAGCUAGUGAAAAGCAAUGUCAAACGUAAUUUUCUAUCUCCUCCAAAGACAGUCUAUCUGUAAGCAUCUAGUUUCCCAUGGAUUGACCGAGCAAACAUAAGAGCAACUUCCGGAAGAACUUAAAAGUUGGAAAGCAAAUAUCUGAAGCAAAAUGUUGGACGAAGCAAACUAUUAACUUUAAUGUAACUAUAAAUGUCACCGUACUUGUGUCAAAUAGUAAGCAUCUCAGAUUUUGUAACAUAUUUUGCAUAAAUUAUUUGCUAUUCAA